UCGGUGUAACCAAGCCACACACAGCUCGUGGAGCGUGUAGCACACGCGCCCCCAAAAUAUUCCGCGCCAAAUUCCUUUCCCGCCAUCUCUCGAUUCUCAAGAACCCUAAUAUAUAACAUGUAUAUAUAUUAACAGCAACGCUAACUUUUUAAUUAUUGCAGAGGCUCCAAAAGCCAUUUCUCUAAAAGACAAACAGUAAUGGAAGGGAAUUUUGAGGAGCAGAGCAAGCUUCCUGAGCUCAAACUCGAUGCUAAGCAAGCUCAAGGGUUCCUCUCAUUCUUCAAGAAGCUACCCAAUGACCCAAGGGCUGUACGGUUCUUUGAUCGCAGGGACUAUUAUACUGCUCAUGGUGAAAAUGCAACUUUUAUUGCAAAGACCUACUAUCACACUACUACUGCUUUACGACAAUUGGGCAGCGGAUCCGAUUCCCUUUCAAGUGUAAGUGUUAGCAAAAACAUGUUCGAAACAAUAGCCCGUGAUCUUCUCCUGGAGAGAACAGACCACACUCUUGAGCUCUAUGAGGGCAGUGGUUCAAACUGGAGACUGGUGAAAAGUGGAACUCCUGGAAAUCUUGGUAGUUUUGAAGAUGUUUUGUUUGCCAACAAUGAGAUGCAGGAUUCCCCUGUUGUUGUCGCACUAUCACCCUACUUCCGUGAAAAUGGGUGCACUAUAGGGUUAAGUUACAUUGAUUUAACAAAGAGAGUACUUGGGUUGGCUGAAUUUCUUGAUGAUAGCCACUUUACAAAUACGGAGUCAACUUUGGUUGCUCUUGGUUGUAAGGAAUGCCUUCUGCCUAUUGAGAGUGGCAAAUCCAAGGAAAGUAGGAACUUACAUGAUGCUUUGACUAGAUGUGGAGUGAUGUUAACUGAGAGGAAGAAAACUGAGUUCAAAACAAGGGACUUAGUUGAGGAUCUUGGUAGGCUUGUCAAAGGCUCUAAAGAACCUGUUCGUGACUUAGUUUCUGCCUUUGAAUUUGCACCUGGUGCUUUGGGGGCAUUACUGUCUUAUGCUGAAUUACUAGCAGAUGAGAGCAAUUAUGGAAAUUAUACUAUCUGUAGGUACAAUCUUGACAGUUACAUGAGGCUAGAUUCUACUGCAAUGAGGGCACUGAAUGUCAUGGAAAGCAAAACAGAUGCAAACAAAAAUUUCAGUUUGUUUGGUCUCAUGAAUAGAACUUGUACUGCUGGAAUGGGAAAACGAUUAUUGCACAUGUGGCUAAAGCAGCCUUUACUGGAUGUAAAGGAAAUUAACUCCAGGCUGGAUUUGGUACAAGCAUUUGUGGAGGAUACUGCUCUUCGCCAAGAUCUGAGGCAGCACCUGAAAAGAAUAUCAGAUAUUGAGCGACUGAUGCACAAUCUUGAGAAGAAAAGAGUUGGUUUGCAGCAUAUUGUAAAACUUUACCAGUCAAGUAUAAGACUUCCCUACAUUAAAAGUGCCCUGGAAAAUUAUGAUGGACAAUUUUCCUCACUGAUCAAGGACAGGUAUUUGGAUCCGCUUGAGUUCUGGACUGAUGAUGAUCACCUGAAUAAGUUCAUUGGUCUUGUAGAAACUUCUGUCGACCUUGAUCAACUUGAGAAUGGGGAAUACAUGAUUUCUUCUAGUUAUGAUCCUGCACUGUCUGCACUGAAAGAUGAACAAGAGUCAUUGGAGCGCCAAAUACAUAAUUUGCAUAAACAAACUGCUAAUGAUCUUGAUCUGCCCGUAGAUAAGGCCUUAAAGUUAGAUAAGGGCACGCAGUUUGGACAUGUUUUUAGAAUUACAAAGAAGGAGGAGCCAAAAAUAAGGAAAAAGCUCACCACUCAAUUUAUUGUCCUUGAAACUCGAAAGGAUGGAGUUAAGUUUACCAAUACAAAGCUUAAAAAAUUAGGUGACCAAUAUCAAAAGAUACUUGAGGAGUAUAAGAACUGUCAAAAAGAGCUGGUUAACCGAGUAGUUCAAACUGCAGCAACAUUCUGUGAGGUGUUUGGGUCUUUAGCUGGGUUGCUUUCUGAGUUGGAUGUCUUACUUAGUUUUGCUGAUUUGGCUUCUAGUUGUCCCACUCCCUACACAAGACCAGACAUCACUCCAGCGGAUGAGGGAGAUAUUAUAUUAGAAGGGAGUAGACACCCUUGUGUGGAGGCUCAAGACUGGGUUAAUUUUAUCCCAAAUGAUUGUAAACUUGUCAGGGGGAAAAGUUGGUUCCAGAUCAUUACCGGGCCUAACAUGGGUGGAAAAUCCACAUUUAUUCGACAGGUCGGUGUGAAUAUUCUGAUGGCACAAGUUGGUUCUUUUGUUCCAUGUGACAAAGCUAGCAUUUCUGUACGUGACUGCAUUUUUGCUCGUGUGGGUGCUGGUGACUGCCAAUUACGUGGAGUUUCUACCUUUAUGCAAGAAAUGCUUGAAACGGCAUCCAUAUUGAAGGGAGCUACAGAUAAGUCACUGAUAAUUAUUGAUGAGUUGGGGCGCGGGACAUCAACUUAUGACGGAUUUGGUCUAGCUUGGGCCAUCUGUGAGCACCUUGUUGAGGUGAUCAAAGCACCUACAUUGUUUGCAACCCACUUUCAUGAACUGACUGCAUUAGCUCGUGAAACUCCUAAUCAUGAGCCCCAUGAGAAGCAAACUGUUGGUGUGGCAAACUAUCAUGUUAGCGCACACAUUGACUCAGCAAGUCGCAAGUUGACUAUGCUGUAUAAGGUCGAGCCAGGGGCUUGUGAUCAAAGUUUUGGUAUUCAUGUAGCAGAAUUUGCAAACUUUCCUGAAAGCGUGGUUACCCUUGCUAGAGAAAAGGCUGCUGAAUUGGAAGAUUUCUCACCUACUGCAACCAUUACGAAUGAUGCCCAAAAAGAGGUAGGAUCCAAGCGAAAGAGAGAGUGUGAUCAGGAUGACAUGUCUAGAGGUGCUGCCCGGGCUCACCAGUUUCUGAAGGAGUUUUCUGAUUUGCCGUUAGAUAAAAUGGAUUUGAAACAGGCUCUGCAGCAAGUAAACAACUUGAAGGAUGAGUUACAGAAGGAUGCAGUAAACUGUAGCUGGCUCCAGCAAUUCUUCUAGACGGCCUUAGAGUGGAGCAGGGAAAUCUGAAGUGAAAAUGCAGGCACUCAGGAAAUGGUGUUACUGAGCCUGGCUGUGUUUUCUUUCCUCUCUCUUUUUUUUUUUUUUUAUUUAAUUAUUUGGGUUUUUCCCCCCUUCCAUUUUGCUCUGGGGGUUGGUGCUUGAAACUUUUGAAGCCACGGAUGUAGUUUUGCCAAGUCUACAAGAAAACAAUCAGAUAUGUAUAUCUGCCUUGCUUCUUAUGCCCCUGGUUUGCUUUGCUUUGUUACUUUUUAUGCAGUAGGCAAAAUUGAGCAUUCUAUAGAGGGAAAAUUUUAAGUACAAUUCGAUAGAUCCUUUUGUGUU